AUGUUCUUGAACAUUUCCUCCCUCAUUUCAGAUGCGGCUGCCUCAGCCGGCUUUUCUAUCUUUUCUCUUUUCUCUGACUUUUCAAUGGCAUUCCACAGCAGUCUCGUUUCAGCUACUUCAGGAUCUUUUUCUGGUAUUUCCCCGUCUUCGAUCAUCGCUGAUAUUUUACCUGCUACCCAUCUGCAGGCAUCGUCUUCCAAUUCUUCAAGCUCCAUUUUCUCCUUCGUGGAGAAAAACCUUCUUCUGACUCCAAAGUUGGAGUUACCACUGCUUCAGUGGGUUUCUCUUCUUUUUGCGGCUCGACGUAUUGCACAUUAA